AUGGACACAUUCUUCAGGGAUAUUUCUUGCAAAUUUCUCAAGAUCUUCUCCAUCAACUCAAGGAGGAUCCUACUGACCAAUUCCUUUAGACCACGGGAUGAUGCUCGGUUGAUACUUCCUGGCCUCACUGUUACAACUCUGAGGGAGAUCGUCAAAUUCAGUUAUUGCCGGUCUUUCUGCGGAGAGCCGUUAGUUAAGCAUAAUCAUUUUAAGGCAUUGUUGUUAGGAACGACGAGGCUCCUCACAAUCUUGGUCGUGACAAGUGCCGGUAGAAGUUUUGUAGAUGCUGUUAAGAAUUGA